AUGCUCACUCGAUCGCCAGUCUCUGCUCCCCAGCCUCGACAUGAAAGCGGACGUUAUUCUUUUAUUUCCAGACGAACAAGCACGAAGUCCCUCGAUUCGUUCCGCCCACGUCGAGUGACCUACGUUGAUCGUGGAGUCGGAGCGUCGCCUCCUCCUCGGCCCUCAUCUCCUACCAGACCCUCCCGUCAGAACCCCUCCACCCCACUAGUCGAUAAAGCGCCGCGGGCCACCCAAGAGCAGGCGAUCGUAAAAGCAGAAUCUCCUCCUAGCAGCUUAGAGCCUGCACGCUCAAUCGCACACCUCGCGAUCAAGCGGCAUGCCUCAGACGAUUUUUCGGCGGAUGACGAGCAAAUGACCGACGCCGACGCGAAGUCCGAUGUCGACGACGACUCCCCGACCAAGAAAGCUCGUGCAGAUACACCUCCUAGGAAAGUGGUACCCGCGCAAUACGAGGACUGUGAUGUUCGCGAUCUUGUUGUUUUGAUUUCAUCAAUGAUCUUGGAGCUCAUCAGCUACAAUGAUGCAAUACCAUUACGAGAUGGCCAUCUCACUCGCUUUCAUUCGCGAGCGCCGCCUGGUAUAUCGGUCCAGGACUACCUCCAACGCUUGACAACGCAUGCCACGCUCUCACCACCAAUCCUCCUUAGCAUGGUCUUCUACAUUGAUCGACUUUGCGCUCUGUACCCCGCAUUUACUAUUACGAGCCUCACCGUACAUCGCUUCCUGAUUGCCAGCGGAACAGUGGCAAGCAAAGGCCUUAGCGACUCGUUUUGGACCAACAAAACGUACGCUCGCGUGGGAGGAGUCAGUAUAAGGGAAUUGGCGUUGCUGGAAUUGGAAUUCUUGACCCGACUGGAGUGGAGGAUUGUUCCGAAGCCGGAGGUCUUGGUGGAUUACUAUCGAUCUUUGGUCAAUCGUAGCGAGACGCACAGGUUCGAGGAGCCACCCACAGGAUGA